UGCGUUCAUUUUGGAUUUUUCUUUUACACGCGGCAUACGGCAAAGAAGGUUAAGUUGCUGCUGGCUGCCGAGUGUUUCACUCGUUUUAAAUUGAAUUAAAAUCAAAACUAAAUGAGCAGAGUGUAGCGCGAUGUUUGUGCUCUACGAAACGCCGGCGGGCUACGCGAUUUUCAAGCUGCUGGACGAGAAGAAGCUGGAGCAGGUGGACAAUCUGUACCUGGAGUUCGAGACACCCGAGAAGGCCAACAAGCUGCUGAAGCUGAAGCACUUUGAGAAAUUCAACGACACCACAGAGGCGCUGGCCGCUGCAACGGCGGCGGUGGAGGGUAAGGUGGCCAAGCCGCUCAAGAAAACCCUCAAAAAGCUGCUCGUCGACGAUGUGCAAUCGUCGCUCCUCGUCGCCGAUGCCAAACUGGGCACCGCCAUCAAGGACAAGCUGUCGGUGCAGUGCGUCUACAACACCGGCGUCCAGGAGCUGAUGCGCUGCAUCCGCCAGCAGGCGGACAGUCUGCUCGGCGGCCUGCCCAAGCGCGAGAUGACCGCCAUGGCCCUGGGUCUCGCCCACUCCUUGUCGCGCUACAAGCUCAAGUUCUCGCCGGAUAAGAUUGACACCAUGAUUGUGCAGGCCCAGUGUCUGCUGGAUGAUCUGGACAAGGAGCUGAACAACUAUAUGAUGCGUGCCCGCGAGUGGUACGGCUGGCACUUUCCCGAGCUGGGCAAGAUCAUCACCGAUAAUAUUGCCUUUGUGAAGACCAUCAAGUUGGUGGGCACCAGGGACAACAUGGCUGCGAGCGAUCUGUCCGAUAUUCUGCCCGAAGAUGUGGAGGAGAAGGUCAAGGAGGCGGCCGAAAUCUCGAUGGGCACCGAAAUCUCCGAGGAGGACGUUCUGAACAUUCAGUGCCUGUGCGACGAGAUUAUCUCGAUCAACGAUUAUCGCAUCCAUUUGUAUGACUAUCUGAAGGCCCGCAUGAUGGCCAUGGCUCCCAAUUUGACUGUGCUCGUCGGCGAUACAGUGGGCGCUCGACUGAUUGCCCAUGCCGGUUCGCUGAUCAAUUUGGCCAAGCAUCCCUCGUCCACCGUGCAAAUCCUGGGCGCCGAAAAGGCCCUCUUCCGGGCGCUGAAGACCAAGAAGGAUACGCCAAAGUAUGGUUUGAUCUACCACGCCCAGUUGGUGGGACAGGCCAGCCAGAAGAACAAGGGCAAGAUGUCGCGUUCGCUGGCCGCCAAGGCGUCGCUGGCCACGCGAGUCGAUGCCUUCGGUGAGGAGGCCACCUUCGAGCUGGGCGCCGCGCACAAGGUGAAGCUGGAAUCGCGGCUGCGGCUGCUGGAGGAGGGUAACCUGCGCAAACUCUCGGGCACCGGCAAGGCCAAGGCCAAGUUCGAGAAGUACCAGGCCAAGAGUGAGGUAUUCACCUACCAACCAGAAGCCGACAACACCUUGAACGUGAAGAAACGCAAGCACUCCGAAACCGAGCAGACGCCCGUGAAGAAGGAGAUUAAGGAGGAGGAGGAGGUGGCCGCCGAGGAGGAGGUCAAGUCCGAGAAGAAGAAGAAAAAGAAGAAGAAGCAGAAGGACGAGGAGGCCGCAGAGGAGGCGGCGGCGGCGCCUGAGCCCGAGGACGAGCCAACGCCAUCGAAGAAAAAGAAAAAGUCAAAGCACCAGGAUUAGUUUCCCCACCACCUUGACUAGUUGUAGCCCUUAAGUCUUAGCUUCCUAGGUUACCUUACUGUAAAGUAUAGGAUUUUACAAUUAUCAACAAGAUUAAAGUUUCUGUUGUACAUUAGAAAUAAAAUGUAAUAUUUGCAAAAAAAA